AUGGACGGAGUCAGCAGCACAGGCCUCAAUACAGCGCUGAGCGUACUGACGUCUCUCAUCAGACAAGUUGGUGUGCAGGUCCGUUAUGAGGAACCUCACGGGCUGGUUGGCCACUUGACAUUCAGCGGGCGUAGAAUCACUACCAUAUUCAUCACAGAAUUGAUCAACCAACUGCUGAUGGCCAUCUUCAACAUUAACCAAGACACAGCCGAACAGUGA